CGGUUGAAAAAAAAGCUGCAUAUAUUUGGAGCCAGGUUCUACGAGCUUCUGUCCACUAAAAGAGAGCUUAGUGAAAGGCACAAUGACUAUGGCCUUGUGAUCUGUAAUGCUAAGCUAAGCAAGUCCAAGCAAGCAUCAGUACAAGAGGACAUCGACAUGAUGCCUAACUCCUGCAAUCAACAGACAGAAGACCAAAAAAGGGAUGUUUGGAGGAGCACUGAAAUGAAUUGUGACAAACUCUAAUGUUCUUCUGCCCAAUAAACUAUAUUGAACCUCAUGGUAAACGUCCUUGGCUUUCUCUCCAUCAUCUGAACACUUUGCCCAGUUGACCGAGUAUGACAUAACCAGGAAGAAGAAAGUUUAAUUAUAAGCUCAUCUUCACAGAAUGAAGCUAAGUGACCUCCUCUACCCAAGUAAUCCAAAAAGACGCCAGGAUGUGAUUGUCCUGCACCAGGAACUCCUUGAUCUUAUGAAACUUAAUUUUAAAGUUACCAAUGAAUUGAUUCGAACAAUGAAGGAACAUCUUGGAGCCAAGAUUACAAACAUUACAAUGAAAGAGAAUGGUACCAUCAAAGAGAACUGUGACAUUAUCAUUCAAGCCAUGAAGUCUAUUCAACAAGAAGUACAGAAGCUUGAUAAAGAAAUUAAGGAGAGACUAGAGCCAGGAAUGUACCAAAAGCUUUAUGAUAUCAAACAACCUGAGUUGGAGAAAAUUGCAAUAGCUUAUCGAAUUCUCUCUGCUAUACUUGGAGAGGCUAGUGCUUCUGCAGGUACAGUAGGCAUAAAAUUAAUAUGCUCAAAUAUUGUAAUCGUUACAGUUAAUAAGUUGGUUGCUCUGCUUGCUCAAAUUGGGAUAUCGGUCCUUGGAGGCAUUGCCAUUACUGUCUUUGCUUUGGGAAUUGAUGUGAUUCUUCAUGCCAUCCUAGGGGCGGUAGAAAGAGAUCAACUUCUAGCAUCUAUCCAAAGUUAUGAGGAGCAUCUAACUGAAUUUAGGGAAGCCUCUGAGACAUAUCACUGUGCCAUCAAUGAAAUAAGUGCAGCGGUGAGGGGCAAUGCUGACCUAAUGUGAUAAAGAAAUACUCCUACUCAACAGUGACUAUGUGCCAUGACACAUGGCUAUCAUUCAUAAUGCAACUGACACAAGUUUCAUUUUCUUGUUAAAGUGGUUAGUUGCCUUCUGCAAAUAGUGAUACAAAGUUGGGUACUAAGUAAUUUGUUAAAGACAAAUCACAUUGUUAGCAGUAAGUUAGAAGUAACCGGUUUCUGCAGAUGUGUGAAAUGGGCCAACGUGCUUAGUCCAGUUUAGUUGUUGUACAAGAAAAGCCAUGACAGCAAACUUUUUAAAAAUCUAUCAUUAUUGGAGUAAAAAAUCAUUACAAAUGUUAAACAGAGCAAUCUUAUAUACCCAAUUAUGUUAUGGUGCAUAGAUAUGCCACAUUUUUAUGUGCUCAAUAAGGGAGUGUACAGGAAACACACAUUAACUAGAAAAUAUAAAACACUGAAAGUUUUCUUUUCACAGUGGGCCAAAUACUGCGUAGCAGAAUAAAUUUAUUUAUUUUGUCCCACAGUAUAUAAGUGAUUCAAGAAUUAAAAUGAGAAUACAAAAGCACCAUUACUUAAAGCUCUACUUUUUCACAGAGCAUUAAUUGAUGUUCCCUGUUUAUUGUCAGUGUGCAAAGUGAAUAAUACAAACUAACACCUUCUAUUUUCACAAUCUAUGUCUAGGUCUUUCUAGCACACACACAAACUGGAAUAAAACCUGAUAUCAAUCAGUAAAUAAUUAACUUCAAAAUGUACAGUAUGGACAUUUCUAUUUUCAUUAUUAUCUUCCUGAGAACUUGUUGUGUGUUAAUAUAAUUAAUAAUCUAAGACACCAGAUCCAUAAUAUUCUGCUACAGAGUACAGGUUUGUAAUAAGGAUAGAUAAAAACACUUAUAGCAAAUUAGAUAUCAAGAUGUAGGUUAUUCAGUGUGAUCUUAAGAUUUGCAUGUCAUGAAACAAAAUAGUUGAAAUCGCAUAAUCUGAAAGUUUAUAUACUACUAGCUGUGCCCGGCCACGCGUUGCUGUGGCAAGUAUGGUGGUAUGGGAAAUAAAGUAUUGAGGAAUUGUAUAUUGUAUAUUGAUAAUCUUAUAUUAUCUGUUUAGAACUGGAUUAUAUGAGGCCCCUUCUUCACAGCUGUAUAAAAUGCACACUGAAGUGGAUUAUCUGGCAGUGUGGAGUCAAGAUAAUCCAGUGCAAAGCAGAUAAUAUAAGAUUAUAAAUGGGUUAUAUAGCUGAGUGGAAGGGCCUAGAGUCUACACUGCCAUCUAAUCCAGUUCAAAUCUGAUAAUCUGUGGAAGAAGCCUGAGGCCUAAAUCUGCCUGUCCCCUAACUGAACCCUGGCUGUCCCUUGGCUGAGUUGGUUGCUAGGAGACCAAGUGGGCAGAGAUUAGCCCUCUAAACUGGCAGCAAUUGGAUAAAAACAAUUAUUGCUCUCCCUCUAAUUAGGACUUUAUUUUUCUUUUCUUUUUGUUGUAUCAACCUAGAGGCAUGGAUGAUGGGUUGUGUUGUCUAAUUUCAAGGUUGGGGGGCCCUGCAGUUUUGUUGUUUUGUGGGUCGCCGUGAUGCCAUCACUCAUUUAUAUAUAUAGAUACAAGUAAAUACAAGCUUCUCCUUUACAGCUAUAAAUAUAAAAUAAAUAAAAUGUUCUUACCUGUGUUUUCUUCAUCUGUGCAUGUUCCUUUCCAAAUCAGCCUAGGACCAAAUAUUAGACAUUUCAGCAAUGUAUGACUACUGUAUUUAAAUUCUAUAAAUAAGGCUUUAAAAUAUAGAAGUAAAUGCAUUCACUAUGUGGCUUCUUUGUUAUUGCAAGCAUAUAGAGAUUUUUAUUUUUUUUU